UUUCGCGACGACACAAUAGCUCAGUAUUAUGCUAACAGCAGAAUAGAUUCUAAGCAAAUGAAUUUGACGAUAAAUGGCAAAGCAUACCCAUCUGACUCGUGGACAAAUGUGCCGGGUACUAUUCUAGAAAAUGUAUCACGAAAGUUGCACCAGCAGGACAAUCACCCAAUCACUAUUACAAGGAAAUUGAUCGAGUCUCGCUUCCCAGGAUAUCAACACCAUAAUGAGUUCUCCCCUGUGGUGACUGUUGGUCAGAACUUCGACUCCUUGGGCUUCCCACUUGAUCAUCCUGGACGUAGUCGAACAGAUACCUACUACAUCAACAAGGAUACCGUACUCCGAACACACACAUCUGCACACCAAGCCGAUGUCUUUCGCGCAAAUACAAGCGACGGCUUCACCAUCUCAGCCGAUGUCUACCGUAGAGAUGCCAUCGAUCGCUCGCACUACCCUGUUUUCCACCAAAUGGAGGGUGCAAUGACAUGGGAUCGCAAUGCUGUGCCCGAAGGAAAAAGUUUCGCACAACAGAUCUGGGAAGAUGUGGAAAAGCUACCAAAGCCCGAUAUUGUCGUUGAGGACCCAAACCCUACUACUCAUCCUGAGCGCAAUCCUCUGCAAAAGCCUCAUACUCAGGAAGAAGCCGAAGCUGUUGCUGCUCACUUGAAGCGCUCUCUGGAGAAUGUCGUUGUUGAGAUCUUCUCAAAGGCCAAGGAGGCAGCGGCUGCAUCCACCAUUGAUGAAGUCCGCAACCAAGCUCAAUCUCAAGAACCACUCAAAGUCCGCUGGAUCGAGGCAUACUUCCCCUUCACCUCACCCUCAUGGGAGCUUGAAAUCUUCUGGCAGGGCGACUGGCUUGAGGUCCUCGGCUGCGGUGUUAUCUCUCAACCACUCCUCGACAACGCCGAUGCACCAUCAAGAGUCGGCUGGGCUUUCGGCAUCGGUCUCGAGAGAAUCGCCAUGCUACUCUACGAAAUACCCGACAUCCGUCUCUUCUGGAGCAAAGACUCUCGUUUCCUGUCUCAGUUUGACGAGAAGAAGAUUCGUCGUUUUGUGCCCUUCUCAAAGUACCCCGCUGCACCCCGCGACGUCGCUUUCUGGCUGCCCAAGAGCGUCGCUCAGGACGAUGUAAUUACUGCCACCGCCUCGAAUACAUCAUCAUCGCCUUCUCCUGCCGGUGGUCUCGCAUCCGAGGCAGCUGCACCUGCUCUUGCGUUCCAUGAGAACGAUAUUAUGGAGAUUGUGCGCAGUGCUGCUGGAGAUUCUGUGGAAGAUGUCACUCUGGUUGAUGAGUUCACCCACCCAAAGACUGGCCGCAGAAGUCUGUGCUACAGAAUCAACUACCGCAGCCUUGAGAGCACACUGACCAAGGAGCAAGCAAAUGACAUGCAUGAGAAGAUUCGACAAGAGCUGGUAAGCAAGUUUGGCGUCGAAUUGAGAUAG